UCCCGCCAAAAGCAGGACGUCUGGUCACCUUAAAUUAAACACCCUCUUCCGCUGGCUAUUCUUUGCAGGUUUCAAAAGUACACAUUACCUCCAUUCAGGCCACUCAUGUCUCUUUAAACUUUGCUUAUAGAGGACUCCUCCAAAGUCAUAAUGUGGCCUGAACAUCUCCAUAGGUCCAAUAUUUUGCUGCAUAAGGAGAAAGGUUGAGACCCCCACAAUACCAAGGUGUUUCAGUUGGAACACAAGCAGUGGGACAGUGGCUCAUUGUACUUGGGCAAUAAAUAAAUUUGAACGGUGCAGAGAUCAUGUGGCAAUUUGACCUUCCAACAUUUGCUUUUGUUCCAUAUACACCAGUCUCAUCUCUGUUUUCUGAUGUUUCCACUAAACACAGGCUACCAGGACAAAUAGAUGAGGCAAUGUGUCCUUUAAUAGAUUUGUCUGCUCCUGUCUAUCUUUUUUGAUACUAUAGCUAGUGGUGAAAUUUCCAUUUACUUUUUUUGUAACUAAAAAACAAUGAGAAUAAAGCUUAGGGGAUUGAAAAUAAAUUUACGACUCCAUUUUUAAGUGACUUUUAAUGAACUUCAUCCCCUCACAUUAAUACAUUGUUUAGCCUAACAUUUUCAUACUGGCAACUCUUAAGAUGUGUGGGCUUCAUCUCCCAAAAUUCCAUAGCAAGUUGCCAAGUUUGAAAAACACUGACCUAACCUGUCCUGUCCAGUUGACCUUAGAAUUGUCAUUGAGAGGCUGGAACAAGUACUGUAAACAAGGCCAAACUGGCUGCUUACAGAGAUAUUCUUGAAACCUUUUCUUUCUUGCAAUUAAAUAAAGGUGAAAAUACAUUAGACUCUAGGAGAUUUAUGUCCUAUGAUAAAAUUGGAUUUUCUUUCAGAUCUAUUUUCCAACCAAUUCUCUCUUUGGUAUUCUCUCUAAUACCAAACAUAAACCCCACAAAAGUGGCUAGGGUGUUUUUUAAGUCCAGAAUAUCCAAAUAAUAUUUGGAAGUGUCUCAGAUACUCCAUAAUUUAUCUGAGAUUGUCCAGAUUUUAUACUCUAGUCUGAGUAUCCCUACCAUAUUAGCAUACAAAAAUAUCCAAAAAGUAAGAAAGUUUGUAUAGAUACAUGAAAUGGGAACUUCCUGCACAUACCAAAACCAGAAUAAAUUUAAAUGGCUAAAUCUGUAUAUUUAAGAGUGUUGUCAAAAUUUGAUGGCCAUUGGUAUGGAAAAUAACAUCUAUUUUCCAGUAUUUCUUCUCAAACUAUUGCAUGAGGAAGACUGAAAUAACCAUAACACUUCACUUUUUCAGCCUUACACAAAUAGACUAGAAGGCACAUGCUGUAAUUUCUGGAAAAGUCACCCACCACAGCAGAUAGUUUCUCUCCAAAGCCAAGCCUCCAACAGAUUGGAAUGAAUCUAAAGCCUGACUAAUGUAUUUUACUUCACAUUGCUCAAGGUCUUGAUUGAAAUUGGGAUCUUGGCUGAUUUCUUUUUGUAAUCCUAUUAAAUAGUUGUUAUUUGGCUAUGUAGUCCUCAAAUCCAAAAUGCUGAGUUCAUUUUGUUUGUAUAUUGUUACCUCCUACCCUUUUCUUUCCUCUGAGAGGCUGGUCUGUUUAUCUGCUUAUAAAUAAAUUGCUUUAGCAUAGGAUUUAGAAAAUAAUGUCUUAGAGUUUGUUGAUUGUGCUUCUGCAUAUAUUUCUGGUAGGUAGUUCUCUGAUUGAUUGAUUAAAUAAUUACCUGGAAAGUUUACUUAUCAACCUUCAAUUUCCCAGUUUUUAGUUUGUAUCUAAAAUGUCUGAGAUUUAGACAUUUAACUAGAACAAGUUCAAAGAACAAAGAAAAUUGGAACUGCUUAUGCUAAUUUAAUUCUUUAAAAAUACUUCUUGAAGAUUGCUGAUGCCUUAUAACAGUGUGUUAUGUACUCGUUCCAUAAUGGUUGAAUUAAGCAGAAUAUUUUUCCUCACUGUUAUAAUAGUUGCCUCAUUUACUAAUACAUUAUUACAUUUAGAUGUUCAUAACUUUUUCCAAAGGUGCCUUAGAAUUGUAGUUUGACCAAUAAGUAUGCUCUGUUAAGCAGAAUCUCCAUUCAGAAUUCAGUGGGGAAAGGCAAUGGUAUUUCAAACACUUUCAAGCAUGUAGGGCACAUAUACUCCCUGAAACAGAAGAUAUUGACUCUUGCAAACAAAUACACCUUGCUUCAUUCUGCAGCUUCUGUCAAUAUUUUUUGGACAGGAGAGGUGGUUAAAGAUCAAAGAUCAGAGGGCUUGGAUAUUAAAAAGGCCCAGCAAUUGCUGGGGAAACUAGGAAGUACCAAAGUGGCAGACGAUAAUCUCUGCUGAAGUUGCACCAUGGAUCUAUUGCACAGUGCAGGAAUCCAGGCCACCAGUUACCUCCAAGAGAAUUUUAUGGACUUUAAAGACUGGUUUCUCUUCAUCUCAACAGUAGCUGAUCUCAGAACAACUUUUUUCUUGCUCUUUCCCAUCUGGUUCCAACUGAAGGAAGCAGUAGGAAUCCGACUCAUCUGGGUAGCUGUCAUCGGCGAUUGGUUCAACCUUGUUUUCAAGUGGAUCCUCUUUGGAGAAAGGCCUUACUGGUGGGUUCAUGAGACAGAUUUUUAUGGCAAUGUAACACCCCCGGUAAUCCGCCAGUUUCCAAUUACUUGUGAAACUGGCCCAGGUAGUCCUUCUGGUCAUGCCAUGGGGUCUUCUGGGGUCUAUUAUGUCAUGGUGACAGCACUGCUAUCACUACAGCAGCCACAGAAGCGAAACACCUUGAGAGGCAGAUGGCUGCAUGGUCUUCUUUGGGCAGGAUUCUGGGCUAUACAAGUCUGUGUCUGCUUAUCCCGAGUGUUCAUUGCUGCACACUUCCCACAUCAAGUGAUUGCAGGUGUUAUUUCAGGAUUACUGGUGGCUGUGAUUUUUGAACAAGUCCAUUCCAUCUACACUGCCAGCUUCACACGAUAUGUUGGAACCAUUGGCUUCCUCUUUGGUUUUGCCCUAGGCUUGUACCUGCUGCUCAAGAUGCUGGGUGUAGAUCUCUUGUGGACACUCGAGAAGGCCCACAAGUGGUGUGAACGGCCUGAAUGGGUCCACAUUGACACAACCCCGUUUGCCAGUCUUUUACGCAAUCUGGGCAUUUUGUUUGGUCUGGGAUUUGGACUCAACUCCCCAAUGUAUGCAGAAAUGGGCAAAGGGAAGCCAAGCCAAGGGCUGAUCUUCCACUUCAGUUGCACUGUUUUUUCAUGGUUAGUCCUGCACCUGUUUGAUUCCUUUGAACUACCCACUGAUCAGGAGAUUCUUUUUUACAUCCUCUUAUUUUGUAAGUGCACUUGUGCCCAUAUCUGUGCAGUGGCCCUGAUCCCCUACAGUAUUUUCUGCAUCCUUCAGCCGACAGACAAGAAAGAUUUAUAAGGAACAAAUGUCCUGCAAUUGAGCCACUUGGAUAUGUAUCUUCAACUUUAAAUACUAAAGGUUUAUAAACUAAGAUAUGUUGUGGUCUGUUUUGUGGAAGAUUAAACAGAAUCUUAAUGCCUUCCAUACACUGAUGAAUAUAGCUGCCUUCAGACAGAAAUGAUUUGGUAUCGUGGCUGAUGGACAGGGAGGAAGCAUAGAUAUAUUUUAGCCAGAAAAGAAAGUGGAUGGGAUAUCUCUUAGAAAAGCUUCUGAGGAAUUCCAAGCAGAAGACAACUAACUUACCUGCUAGUUUGCAAACAAGCCAGAAACAGUUACAAUCACUUUUAAUAGUAACCUGGAAGAAUUAUUUGCUGCAUUUGCAUUGUCUGCUUCCCCGGCAUUCUGGUUCCUUUUCCAUAUUGAUCAGAUUCUUUUCCCUGUUUCAUGUGAAUAUUUAUGCAUUUAUCUCCAACCAAUGCCAGGCACAAUGUCUUGCUUUUCACAAUUUUCCUAUCACUUUGGACCAUAUUUAAUCCUAGACAAGAAACGAUGGAUGGAAACUAAACCUAGAACUGAGAAAUUUCCUAACAGUGAGAGCAAUAAACAACUGGGAAAGUUUUCCUCCAGAAGGUUUUUAAAGAGAGUGGACAGCCAUUUGUCUGAAAUGGUAUAGGCCAGGUAUCCUGCUUGAGCAGGGGGUUGGACUAGAAGAUCUCCAAGGUUCCUUCCAACUCUACUAUUCUAUAUUCUAAUCAAUUUACUGUCCAUUCUGAUGUUGUAAUGGAGGCUUUUUCUUCCAAUUGUAAUCAUAUUUGGUAUAGCCUAAGCAGAAUCAUAAAUCAUCAGGUUCAUUCAGGAUUAAAUUUAUAUACCAUUUUUAACACCUAAACAAUUCAGGCACUUUCUUUGACUCACAUUUCUAAGCCUGAUUUUCAGAAAGUGAUUCAGAAUCCUAUCAUGGUACUUCUUGUGCAAAGUUAUGUAGUAAACACCUUGUACAUUAGCAGAUUAACUAUAUAGUUCUAGGCUGCUAUGUAAAUAGAAAACUAUGCACCUCCCUCUCAUUAAUAUUAUGCUACCUGGUGGUGCAGUGGUUAGAAUGCAGUAUUGCAGGCUAACUCUGCUUACAGCCAGGAGUUCGAUUCCGAUGGGCU